CUUCAGUCUGUCACCAUGUUGUCAUUUGUGUUGCUGCUGCUGUUAAUCAGCGGAGCUGAAGCUGCUUUUUAUGGCGCCGCCUUUAGUGUUUCUGUUGGAGACCUUCAGUCAGAUGGAUACCUAUCAACCCUAGAGUACAGGUUGAGCUCCAGCUCAUGUGAAGAGUUCGACUCUUUGUUUUGUGGUGGAGACUGUAGAGGGUAUCCAGUUUAUCUAAUCGAUGAAAGCAGAGGUGAAUGGUGUCAGAAAGUACAUUCUCCAAGUUUCUCCCUGUACCCUUCAAUCCUGACUAUCUAUGAUUCCGUGUUUUCUGCUACAAACUGGACAGAAAACAGAAAUGGGAUUGGCUCAUCAAGAAUUAGAUGGCACUUUGACUGGAGAAUCCGUUCUGACAUCAACAAACCAGGCUCAUCACCCCAGACCACCAUCAUCCCUCUGGUCAGAGUUCCUUCGAACUGUCAGAGAAACAUCAACCUGUUGGUCUCUGACCCGGAUGGAGACGACGUCAGAUGCAGAUAUGCAGCCGGAUCAGAGUGUUUCACCUGCACUCCUCCGUCUGUCCUCAGUGUCUCAUCAUCUUGUUCUCUGUCAUUCAGUCCCACUAUCAGCAGUGAUGAAGGUCUGUAUGCGGUUCAGAUGAUGAUGGAGGAUUUUCCCAGACAGAACAUCACUCUGACUGACCGCUAUACUAGUGUACAGUCAGUGAUGACACCCAGCAAUCCCAUGUACAAGAUCUCUCUCCAGUUUGUUUUCAGAGUGGAUCCUGCAGCUCCGUCCUGCACAGCAGGUGAAUAUCUGCCCAGGUUUCUGCCUCCAACUCCUGAACAUGGAGCUCAGAUCCACACCAACGUUAGUGAGACUCUGGAAAUCAGCGUCAGAGCAGAAGCUACCCAGGCUGAGAUCACUGAGCUUCUGUUCAGCGGACCGCCAGGUGUAACCAAGAGUUCAUCAGGAUCAGGAAACUUCAGGCUGACAUGGACACCAAUUGACAGUGGCAGAGGACUGAAGAAAACUCUCUGCUUUGUUGUCCAAGCAAACUCCUCUGGCUCUGUGUACCAGUCUGACCUUCGGUGCGUCUUUGUGACGGAUGGAGAAAGUCCACCAACUGUUUCCCCUCCGAUUGUAGCUGCUACCACGAUUACACCCAGUAUGACCACACCUCUAUUCACAACUACACCUCCACCACUACAACUCCACCAACUACAACUCCACUACUACAACUCCACCAGCUACACCUAUAACUACAACUCCACCAGCUACAACUCCACCAACUACACCUCCCCCAACUACAACUCCACCAGCUACACCUAUAACAGCUACACCUCCACCAGCUACACCUCCACCAACUACACCUCCCCCAGCUACAACUCCACCAACUACACCUCCACCAGCUACACCUAUAACAGCUACAACUCCACCGGCUACACCUAUAACGGCUACAACUCCACCAAAUACAACUCCACCAACUACAACUCCCCCAGCUACACCUAUAACAGCUACACCUCCACCAAAUACAACUCCACCAAAUACAACUCCACCAGCUACACCUAUAACAGCUACACCUCCACCAGCUACAACUCCACCAGCUACACCUCCAUCAGCUUCACCUAUAACAGAUACACGUAUAACAGCUACAACUCCACCAACUACACCUCCACCAGCUACACCUAUAAUGGCUACACCUCCACCAAGUACAACUCCACCAGCUACACCUAUAACAGCUACAACUCCAUCAGCUACACCUCAACCAGCUACACCUAUAACAGCUACACCUCCACCAACUACACCUCCACCAACUACACCUCCACCAACUACAACUCCACCAGCUACACCUCAACCAGCUACACCUCUAACAACUACACCUCCACCAGCUACAAAUAUAACAGUUACAACUCUACCAGCUACACUUAUAACAGAGUUCCUUCAAACUGUCAGAGGAACAUCAACCUGUUGGUCUCUGACCCAGAUGGAGACGACGUCAGAUGCAGAUAUGCAGCUGAUCCAGAGUGUAACACCUGCACUCCUCCUUCUGUCCUCAAUGUUUCAUCU